UUAAUUACAUUUUCAAAUGAAGGGUUAAAAAAAGAGAUAAGCCUGGGAUUUCUAAUUCGGGGGCCAUGGGACUUCUCCCCUCCAAGUGCAAGUUGUAGCAAUCUGCCGGGUACACGCAUGGGCGGGUCAUACUCCACGGGUUCCGGUUUCCACUCCCCGUGAACGAAAAGCCAAAGAGGCUCACGCACGAGCCCGGAAGUGAGGGAAGGAAGACUUUCGUUCGCAGCCACCUCCCAGCUGGAACCUCAUCCUUAGUGCUCGACCCCGGGCGGUGUUAACUCGGGGUUCCGCCUCGGAAUGCCUCUCACUUCUCUCGUCUAAGAGGAGCAGUAGCAACCUGAGCUCAGAGCUAAGCUAGCGAGCCAAAGACUCUCAGUGGGGAUGCCCAGACGGUGCAUUUCCCACGCCCCUCGGAACCGACUCUCAUUGCGGCUGCUGCAAAAGCGACCGGUCGUGCGCCACCCGCCCGACUGAGGCUGCGCAAGCCCCGGGGUCUGAAUGGGGUGGUCCUAGUGCGCGCCGCGUCGCCGUGGAGACAAGGGCGGGCCCGGCGCGAGACUGGCGUCUAGAGGCGCGCGAAGCGCUGAGGCUGGCGUGGGCCGCGCGGGAGUUACGAAGCAGGUCCCGGACAGCCCUCUCCCGCCGGGUUUUCUCCCAGCGUCAGGCCCGAUGGCUCGGCUUCCCCAGUUAGAAGGGGAAGAUAAAAUACUUUGAUUCAAGAAGAAUCUGCUCACUGUGAAGUGUAUAUCAAGCCAUAAUUUCCAUCAAAAAGUGAUUAAGCAGAGGAUGGAGAAGAAGGUUGAUUCCAGGUAUUUUAGGGAUGGUGCAGUUAAGAAACCUUAUUCUGCAAAGACACUGUCCAACAAGAAGUCUUCUGCAUCCUUUGGGAUCCGGAGGGAGUUACCUAGUACCAGUCACCUAGUGCAGUAUCGUGGCACACAUACUUGUACCCGACAGGGCCGGUUAAGAGAACUGCGCGUCAGAUGCGUUGCCAGAAAGUUCUUAUGUUUAUGGAUUCGAAUGACUUUUGGAAGAGUAUUUCCCUCUAAAGCCAGAUUUUACUAUGAGCAGCGAUUACUACGGAAGGUCUUCGAAGAAUGGAAAGAAGAGUGGUGGGUUUUCCAUCAUGAGUGGAAACUCUGUGUUCGAGCUGACUGUCACUACAGGUAUUACCUGUAUAACCUGAUGUUCCAGACCUGGAAGACCUACGUGCGUCAGCAGCAGGAGAUGAGGAACAAGUACAUUAGAGCCGAGGUUCAUGAUGCAAAGCAAAAGAUGCGACAGGCCUGGAAGUCCUGGUUGAUCUACGUGGUUGUUCGUAGGACCAAACUUCAGAUGCAGACUACGGCUCUGGAGUUUAGGCAACGGAGUAUCUUAAGGGUGUGGUGGAGCAUGUGGAGGCAGCAACUAGGACAGGUCCGUGUGAGCCGUGCCCUCCAUGCCUCUGCUGUGAAGCACAGGGCCCUGAGCCUCCAGCGGCAGGCUUGGUCACAGUGGCGGGAACAGCUCCUGUAUGUCCAGAAGGAGAAACAGAAGGUCGUCUCCGCGGUGAAACACCAUCGGCACUGGCAAAAACAGAGAUUUCUGAAGGCCUGGCUUGAAUACCUGCAAGUUCGCAGAGUGAAGAGACAGCAGAAUGAGAUGGCUGAGCGAUUCCAUCAUGUCACCGUGCUCCAGAUACACUUCUGUGACUGGCAGCAGGCCUGGGAGCAGAGGCAGAGCUUGUAUGCCUACCAUGCCCAGGUGGAGAAACUGGCCAGGAAGAUGGCCCUGCGGCGCACCUUUACUCACUGGAAACACUAUAUGCUGCUGUGUGCAGAAGAAGCUGCCCGGUGUGAGAUGGCAGAAGAGCACCACAGGCACAGCCAGCUGUAUUUUUGCUUUAGAGCCCUAAAAGACAACGUGACCCACGCCCAUCUCCAGCAAAUAAGAAGGAAUCUCGCUCACCGGCAGCAUGGUGUCACGCUGCUGCACAGGUUCUGGAACCUCUGGCAGUCUCAGAUUGAGGAGAAAAAGGAAAGAGAGCAGCUGCCCUUACUGCAUGCUGCCUGGGACCACUACAGGAUAGCACUGCUGUGCAAGUGUAUCAAAUUGUGGCUACAGUAUACUCAGAAGAGGCGGUACAAGCAGCGGCUACAGGCCAGAGCGGAUGGUCAUUUCCAGCAGAGAGCCCUGCCUGCUGCCUUCCACACAUGGAAGAGACUCUGGCGAUGGCGCCAGCAGGACAAUGUCCUCAAUGCAAGAGCAACACGUUUCCACAGGGAGACAUUAGAGAAGCAAGUAUUUUCUAUCUGGAGGCAGAAGACGUUUCAGCAUCAAGAAAACCGCCUGGCAGAGAGAAUGGCCAUCCUCCACGCAGAGCGACAGCUUCUGCAUAGGUCUUGGUUCACGUGGCACCAGCAGGCAGCAGCACGUCACCAGGAGCAGGAGUGGCAAACAGUGGCCUGUGCUCACCACCGCCAUGGGCGGCUCAAGAAAGCUUUCUACCUCUGGAGGGAAAGUGCCCGAGGGCUCCGAGCAGAGAGGACGGGCAGGGUGCGGGCAGCAGAAUUCCACGUGGCCCAGCUCCUGCGCCGGGCCUGGAGCCAGUGGAGGGAGUGCCUGGCCAUGCGCGGGGCGGAGCGGCGGAAGCUGAUGCGAGCAGAUCGGCACCAGCAGCAGAGAGCGCGGCUCAGGGCGCUGCAGGCGUGGGUGACUUACCAGGGCAGGGUACGGAGCAUCCUCCAGGAGGUGGCAGCCAGGGAGAGCCAGCACAACAGGCAGCUGCUGCGAGGGGCAUUGCGUCGCUGGAAAGAGAACACCAUGGCCCGAGUGGAUGAAGCCAAAAAAACCUUUCAAGCAAGUGCUCAUUACAGAAGGACCAUAUGUUCCAAGGUCCUGGUCCAGUGGCGGGAAGCUGUGUCAGUGCAGAUAUAUUACCGACAGCAGGAGGACUCUGCCAUCUGGGAGGCCCGGAAGGUGCUGGACAGGGGCUGUCUGCGGACCUGGUUUCAGCGCUGGCGGGACUGCAGCCGGAGGUCAGCCCAGCAGAGACUGCAGCUGGAGAGGGCAGUCCAACACCACCGCCGACAGCUGCUGCUGGAGGGGCUGGCCCGGUGGAAGAUGCACCAUCUGGAAUGUGUCAGGAAGAGGCUCCUGCACAGGCAGAGUACCCAACUGCUGGCACAGAGACUCAACCGGACCUGCUUCCGCCAGUGGAGACAACAGCUGGCAGCCAGGAGGCAGGAGCAGCAGGCGACAGUGCGGGCCCUGUGGUUCUGGGCCUUUUCGCUGCAGGCAAAGGUGUGGGCCACGUGGCUGGCCUUUGUACUGGAAAGGAGGAGGAAGAAGGCGCGGCUGCAGCGCGCGCUCCAGGCCUACCAGGGGCAGCUCCUCCAGGAGGGUGCCACACGGCUCCUGCGCUUUGCAGCCAGCAUGAAGGCCUCCCGGCAGCAGCUGCAGGCCCAGCAGCAGGUCCAGGCGGCUCACAGUCUCCAUCGUGCCGUCCGCCGCUGUGCCACGCUCUGGAAACAGAAAGUGCUGGGCCGGGGCGGGAAGCCUCAGCCCCUGGCAGCCGUCGCACCCAGCAGGAAGGUGACAUUUGAGGAUCCCCUUCUCAACUGCAUUGCCACUGGGGCUGGGGAUGCCACCGUGGGGACCAAGAGGCCACAGGCUCCUCUGCUUCAGGGAGCUCUGGGCCGCCUGGCUGCUGAGGAGCCCCACGCCCAGGAACUCAACACUGCCCACUCAGCGAGGAAGCAGCCGCGACGCCCACACUUCCUGCUGGAGCCUGCGCAGAGCCAGAGGUCCCUGGGGUGUGGCACCAUGGGCAGGCAGGGGCCUCAGAAGCCCAAGGAACAUGGCCUAGGUAUGGCUCAGCCAGCAGGCCCCUCCCUGACGCGGCCCUUCCUGGCAGAGGCCCCGACAGCACAAGUCCCACACAGCCCUGGGCCUGGGGCCCUGUCAAGCGCCCCUGGCCCAAAGCAGAUCCGGACGGCAAGCACAGGCCCGGAGCUGCUGCUGCUGCCUCCUUCCUCCUUCGUGCCCUGCGGGGCAGCUGCACCAGCCAGGGCGUCAGCACAGCCGGCUACUCCUAGGGAUAAGCCCCAGGUCCCCCCAUCCCUGGCCAGUGUCCCUGACCCCCAUCGACUCCUUCCUGGGGACUUCUCAGCCACCAGGGCUGGGCCUGGGCUUUCAACUACAGGCAGCCUGGACCUUGAGGCUGAACUUGAGGGGAUCCAGCAGCAACUACUGCACUACCAGACCACCAAGCAGAACCUCUGGUCCUGUCAGCGGCAAGCGAGCAGCCUGCGCAGGUGGCUGGAGCUGAGCAGAGAGGAGCCCGGACCUGAGGACCAGGAAGUAGAGCAGCAGGUGCAGAAAGAGCUGCAAGAGGGAAGCCUGGAGCACCUGAAGACAGACGAUGGCCUGAGGACAGGCACUGGGUCCCACUGGUUGGUCCCAGAGCCCUCCAGCAGGGCCAGGUACCCAGGAAGUGGCAGCCUGUUAGUGCUGCUGCCACUGUAGAAACUGCCUCUAAUUGGUGGCUGCUGCUUCUCUAAACACAACCAAGACACCAACGCCCCAAGGUGUAAAAGUGGUUUCAUUCCAACUUUCAACACCUCUGCAAGGUAAGGAAUUAGCAGCUCCCAGAGAGCUGCUCUUAUCCCUCCCAGCUGAUUCCCAGUCACACAGAAGGGCUAUGGGAGCCCAGGCCCUUCCCAGGCACAGGUGGGAGCCUGGGCUAAUGUCCAGGGUACCUCAGUGCCCCUGAGCUCUGAUGACACCAACCUGACAAAGGCCCAGGAACAGGGUUUCCUCCUUGGGGUCAACCUGCCUGGGAAGCCAAGGGCAAGAGUGAGCCCUCUAGGGGCCGGGAGGGGCCAAGCCAGUUCCCUUGACCAUUCCUGGGGCAGGCCUCUGGGCUCCUUAAAGGUGUCCUCACCCUAAGGAACCCAAACAGGAUCCAUCCUUCCUGAACCACCCUUUGGCAUCCCAGAAUUAAUUUGGCUUCCGCUCAGAAUCACCGCUAAGCUGUUUUCUGCCUGAACACAGAAAAGUCAGAGACAGACGCCAUUUUCUGAAUCCCCAGGCUGGGUUCCUUCCAGAACCGGAGCCCCAAACGGCAGAAACGAGGCAGGCUAGGGGAGCGGGCAGGGCACGGCAUGCCCUCGCAGUCACUUCCGCGGCCCAGGUAGUGGCCUUUUCAAAAGCUGCCCUGGCCUUGCCCACCAAUGAACCUUCCAACCCUGACCCACUGAAGAUGACCCUCUGCUUCUGACAGCUCACCGUCACCUCAGUCUCUCCUCACCCCAACCUCGGGCCUGCCCGGAGGGCAGGUCCGGGCCACAGGGCCCUGUGCACACUUACCCUGCUUACGGGCCUCCAUCCCACCCGGCUGAGCGGUCUGAGGGCGCCGAAGGGCAGGAGGUAGUAGAGGACGGUCAAGGGCCAGGAGCGCAGUUUCAGGGCGGGUCUGGACAUGCAGCUCAGCUGCCCCAGCCUCCGCCUCAGGGCCAGCUGGGGGAAGUGCAACCUGCAGGGCACAGGUCCAUGCACAGCCAGGUCAGUGGCCAGGCUCUAGGCGGGACCCAGGAGACUGCUACCUACACCCAGGGCAGGAUUCCUCCUGUCUACCCACCCUUGUUGGCAAGCUACCUUGCCAUGGGGUGAUGGAGCCCAGCAAACACUGGCUGUGCCCCCUUGUCCCAACCCCAUUCUGAGUCAGGGGUUUGGCUGCCUCUGGCUAGCAGACUCAUUUCCCAGGCUCUGCCACCCGCCAGCCAGCUGGGGAGGACUGGGAAUGUGGGGGCAGCCGCAAGAGGAGAGUCAGGCCCAGCUGCGGGGUACCUCUCAGCCGCAGCAGCUCCCAGCAAGGGCCUCCAGACCCAAGUACCUGGGCCCAGGGAGGGGAGAGCAGGGUGCAGGGCCUGCCUCACAUUCCUCAGCCUCCAUGGCCCAGGAGAGCGAGCCCCAGGGGCCAGCUCUGCCACACAGGCACUGGCAUGGCAGCGCAUAGCACUGAGGAGCUACGACCCAGCCAGCUGGGUAACCAUUUGCUCAGUCUUCUGCUACCAUCCUUUGCAGGAUCUGGGAUAUUCUUUUCAUGGUUCCAGGCCCCCCUUUCCUCAUCUGCUAAAUUACGGGGCCAAGGCCAGACAAACUCUCAAAGGGAGCAUUUACACCCCACCUACCAGCACCACAUAGCUACGGUGCCAUCCAUCUGCAUGGUCUUUCUGUAACAGGCCAGGUUCUGAAAACCCAUCCACAGGUUUGUGAACAAAACCUCCCCACCACAAGCUCUCAAGCACCUGUCUGCUCUGCUGGGGCUGCACGCGCACACACACACACACCCAAGCCCCUCCUUUCAGCAAAGGUGGACACACACACACACACACACACACACACAAGACCCAAGGCCCCCCCCCUUUUUUGCAAAUGUGAUCCCGCCUCUCCCCACCCUCCCAGCACAAAUGCAGGGCACUCAGCAGGGGCUCAGCUUCACCAGAGCCAGAGCAGAGGCUGGACGAGCCUUUCCACCACAACCCUGGCCUCCUGAGCAGAAACAAGGCCCACCCCACCCUGUCCGUGCCUAGGCCUAGCAAAUGCUCCUGAGACCCAGGGUAGCCAGCAGGAGACCACACUGCCAUCCACUCAGAACGUCCCCAGGCCUCAGUUUCCUCAUCUGCAAAGUAACUGAUUUGGCUAAUCUACGGCUGCCAUCUGGGACUGUGCUCUCUCCCAGUCGCCGAGCAAACCAAGGAACAAAGCGGCAUCUCAGCUGAUAGAAGCAGCAGAGCAGGAAAGGCAAACCAGCAGCGAACCCCGCUCAGGCUCAAGCUCAGAGGCGGCCGCAUCUCCGCAGCUCCCGGGUGCCUGCUUUCUCUCCCAUCCCACCCCGGUGUA